AUGGAGGUGACCGUGGAGGAGCUGGACCGAGCCGUUACCCGCUUGAGAGCCCGGAACACCGCACCGGGGCCUGACGGAAUUCCUGGUCAGGCUCUGGUGCUGAGUCUGGUUGCAUUAGGGAACAGGCUAAGACAGCUGUUUAACAGCUGUCUGCGGAGUGCCAAGUUCCCUACAGCAUGGAAAGAAGCAAGGUUGGUCUUCUUGAAGAAGGAAGGCAGGGCCGCCGAUUCUCCCUCUGCGUACCGUCCCAUAUGCCUAUUGGACGAGAUUGGCAAAUUGUUCGAAAGGAUAGUUGCCACACGGCUCAACAUACAUCAGUCGCACGUCGGUCCUGAUUUGGCAGAAAGCCAAUUUGGAUUCCGACGGGGGCGUCCCACCGUAGGUGCCAUUAUGUGCGUCCGCUCCCUGUCGGAACAAGCAGUAUCCCAGGGUGGUGUGGCGUUGGCGAUAAGUUUUGAUAUUGUCAACGCCUUUAACUCUCUACCCUGA